UCACAGAUUGGUGUCACUGCAAAACGAAAACGAGAAGCUGAUUGGGGAAGUAGCGACAUUGAAUGGUAUUUUAUCUGAGAGGAAUGACAAGAUCAUAGCAUUGAUUGACAAAAGCGCAAAGGACAGUGAGAUGACAGCUUCGUGCGAGAUGGAAUUAACAACAUGUCGGAAAGAGUUUGACCAAGUAUUCCGAGCGAACAAAAGUUUAACCGCAAAGUUGGUCGAGGCGGAGAGCAAGAUUAGCGAUAUGAGCAAACUGAUCUCCGGAUUCGAAGGAGAUCGGGCAAAAUUGGAGCAAGUGUCGAGCCUGCAACGUGAGAUAACGAAGCUGACAAAGGAUAAGCGCAAGCUCGAAGGUGAGCUGCGAGGCUCCAAAAAUCAGCUCGGAUCGCUGGAGGCCUCGAACAAGAAACUGGAGGAGGACCUGAACCGUGUCUUUGACGACAAUGAGGGCCUCAAGCUCGAGAUCGAGAAGCUCCACGACGAGAAUGUCAGGCUGUCGUCUGAGCUCGUCGGCGAAGUUUCCGCCAGGGAAAAACUUGCCAGACUUCCCGAUAAGCUCAACAACGACAUCUCAGCCCUCAAACAGCGACUCCAUUCCACCGAAGCUCGAGCCUCCAACAUUCUUCAGGAUCUUCAUAACAGGAUCGAACAACUUAAGAUCAAACGCAUCGAGGACGCUCUUCUCAUUAAAGAACUUCAGCGGCAAAAUAAAUUCCAGAACGAAAAAGCGUCAAUCUGCGAUGAGAAAUUGGCGGUUUUGGAAAAGGCGAACAGUGAAUUGAAGAACGAGUUGAAUAAACGACUGGAAGAAAUGAAGGAACUGAGUGUAAAGUUGAGGAGUAUUGAAGCUUUGGAGAAGAACAGUCAGUUUAUCGUGACCAAAAAGGAUAACAAGGAUGUCAACGACGAGUCGAAUAACCAAACUGUUCCAGAUAACGAGAAGACCGGUCACAAGCUCGAUACAGUUGCGGAAUUAACUUGCCGGCUUAAUCACGCCGAGAAUGAGAACAAACAAAGGCAAACUGAGAUGCAGAAGCUUCAGUGCGACGUAAAGUCGAAAAACGCCGAGAUCAAUUCACUAAGAGAAAAUAUCAAGUCGCUUACCGAGGAAAGGGACGCUCUUAACGAAAUUAUCAAGAACAAGGAGAUCCAGAAUGGCAAGACAUUGCAGGCUGUGAAAAUGACUUACGAGGGGACUCUGAAGGUGCUGUAUGAAAACCACAACGAGAGUAUCGCGAGGCUUCAAUCACAGUACGAGGAGGCGAUUAAGGACAGUGACUUCUUCGACCCCGAAAGCUGGUUGCGGUCAUUGAGUUUGAAAGAGAUGACCGAGCUUCACGAUCGAAUCUGCAUGACAAUUUCUUGCUCGAUGUCAAAUGAGCAGUCUAAAACGGACAAUUCAGGAUCAUCGGUAACCAGUUUGCAACGAAAUCACCAACAAGAUCUGAACGAGAAACAUCAACUCAACAAGAGGAUAGCUACUCUCGAGAAUGAGAUCGUUCAAAUGGAGCAAGAGGCUCGUCAAAAAGUUUACGAACUCGAGAUAGUGAUUGAACAGGAGAAGAAGAGGUCUGAAGAAAUGUCGGAAAUGGUGGCAAAAGAACAACUGAGAAAUGCGGAAUUGCAGAGACGGUUGACGUUGUCAGGGGGAAUUUCUAGUAAGAAUCAGUUAUCGGAUGGAAAGACUAGUAAUAUUAGUAUUGAAAGAAGCAAAUCGAUGCAACUCGAUGGAACUGUGGAGUCAGAAAAGGACAUUUUGCGUCGUCAGUCCGCCUACAAUCAGGAUCGAGCUGAUAAUUACGGAGUGUUAUUGGAGCAGCAGAGGAAAAUAGUAAAGAAUCUCGAAAUAGAACUGAUGGACGGUUCGCCGAAGGAGAAAGUGUUCGAUUGGCGCAAAAAGAAUUUCAUUCAUCAGUGCAGCACCUAUAAAAAGUACGAAAAUGAGUAA